AACUAGGCGCUUUAGUCUCUAGUUGGGACGCGACGCGUGAGUGUGGGGUUUGAGUGCACCCCCUGAAGGUGUGAACGGUAUCGUGCAUUGAAAACAAAUCGUCGUGACAGGAAAAAAAAUUAUAUGAUACAGAAACGCGCAGAAACGGACGUAUCCUCUGGCCUGGUAAUUAUCGAGCUUUUGUCUCGGUGGCAUCGUACCGUAUCGAAGUGAGAACUGUCACUCCGCUGAUGUCCGGUGAAUCGAUCGUAUAACACAGGACUAGUUCGAGACGAUACGUCGCGAUCGCCUUGAUGAUAAUUGGCGGUCUCGCGCGCGACUGAUCGAGACGAUUUCGGGAUUAAAUCGUUCGUCGAUGCGACACUCGCUGUCGCGUGUGCCUGUCAGGGAUACGUGAAGAAGGUUUCCUCUUUGUGGACACGACUGAUAAGUAUCGAUCAGGCAUUAUGUCGGUGCUUCUGGAGGCGAGGUCUUACAGGCCCUUCAAAUCCUCGGAGGAGUAUUUGGUCGCGAUGAAAGAGGACCUGGCCGAGUGGUUGAACGCGCUGUAUCCGGAGCUGAGAAUCAACGUUGACAAUUUUAUGGACAGGUUGGACACCGGCGUCGCUCUUUGCAAACACGCGAACAACGUACGCAAGUCAGCGGCCGAGUACGUGGCGCGGCGUCAAGCGCGCAAAAUCUCGAUGACACGAUCGAUGACCUCGUCGCUGGCGUUGCCGAUGAGCCAGCUGAGCGACGUGGCCUUCCUGCCGAACGCGAAGGCCGGCACCUUCUUCGCCCGUGACAAUGUGUCCAACUUUAUCGGCUGGUGCCGCAACAGCCUCGGUAUCAUCGAGUGUCUGUUAUUCGAGACCGACGACCUGAUUAUGCGCAAGAACGAACGACACGUGAUUCUCUGUCUAUUGGAGGUCGCCAGGCGAGCCGCGAAAUUUGGUAUGCUGGCGCCAAUGUUGGUACAAAUGGAGAGACAAAUCGAUCGAGAGAUCGCAGCUGAGAAUAAAGCGGCGAACGGAGCUCAUGGAAAUAAUGGAAACGAGGAGAGCGACGAUGACUAUGCGGAUAUGCAGCAGGAGGAACCGUGUCUCAUUUAUGGACCCCAGCCGCAGAUCGUCACCAAUGAUCUGAAGAGCCUGGACGAAAUGGUUCGAGACUUGGUGGAAAGGUGCACGUGUCCAACGCAGUUCCCCAUGAUCCGCGUUUCCGAAGGGAAAUACCGUAUCGGAGACACGAAGGUGUUGAUCUUCGUGCGAAUUCUUCGAAGUCACGUUAUGGUGCGAGUGGGUGGCGGCUGGGACACCCUCAGCCAUUAUCUGGACAAGCACGACCCGUGCCGAUGCAAGACCUCGCAUCGCUCGAUGAUCUCAGCUAAGUUGAUUCAAAAGGCUGGAGGGUCGUUCGACCUUGGCAGCGCGCAGGUGCAUUACGAAAGAUCACCUCCUAGAACACGACGGAGUUCGGCGUCGAGCGUCGGUUCGUGCGCAGGCACGAUGCAGAAUCAGCAACAAUCGACGCAGCUGCACGCGGCCAAGAGCGUUUCCAGCAAUCGGUCACGAUCGCCCACGCCUCACCAGCCUGCCGGCAAGCAACAGCAACAAUCAAACAGCGAGGAGCAACGAAAGAUCAACCGAUCGAGAAGUCCAACGCCACAGAGGAAGUUCUUGGGUAGCCCUAGUCAUCAGCCAGACUUUGGCAAGCAACGAUCGAGAUCGCCAACACCGAAGGCUCAGCUAAGGCCUAACAGCCCCACGACGAAGCUGGAACAUGGAAAAGGUGGAUCUUACGUGGAUUCAUCUGGCAGAAGUUCGAACGAAGAUUCACGUUCGCCGACUCAUCAUGGAAGGCAUCAGGAAGCUAAGGAUGCAAAGAAGGACCCCCAAGAGAUCCGUACGAAAGUUCCCGUAACAGAGGAAUUCACGAAACGAUACGUCGUCGACGGUGGUGUAGCGCGUAGAACAAUAGAAAAAGACGACACACCGAAAUACGAGCCCUCAAUUUACAACUACAAGUGUCGCGAGGACUCCAGUAGUCGCAGUCCAACGCCGAGUCCUCCAGCAAUUAAAGAAGAGCCGGUCUUGGAAAGUUUCAGCAAAGAUGUGUCCGCGAAUGCACAUUACACAAAGUCACCACACGAUGGAGAACAUUCAGACAAUUGCAGCGAAGUAUCUGACGAGGGUUAUCGAAGCUUGGGAGCAGUUCAGCCAACCAGUGGAAACGGAAAUCCCGGGACGCAAGGAUCGCCCACGGUUGCCGAUUGUCAAAAGCAACCCGUGAAACCUGAACCUGAGGAGAGGUCCUGCGUGGAGACAGAGAGCAUCGAGACAGGCCUUCGAAAGACUCGCAUAGGUCCAGCCAGUCCUCUCCGCGCUUCGCCUUCGAGAAGCGUGGCCUCUUCCUCCGGGGACCGAACUCCUCGAGCAAAUUCCAUCGUACGUGAAAACAGCAACGUCUCAAGAGCUUCGUCAGGCAGUAAAACACCCAGAGACAGCAAUUCCAGUCCAGAAGGAAGUCCUCUCAAACGAGUAACGAUCAGAAACAGCCUUCGAAAACCUCCAACAGGCAGUCUAAGCAAAGCAUCUCCUGUACCAAAAACCUGUCCGAAUCCAGUGAGUGGUAGCAACACGUGGAACGGUAGACAGACUCGACAGAGACCCAGUAUCCAAUCAGACACCUUUCUGAACCCUCAAGUACCAGCCACCUGUGCCACCGCCCCUAAUUUCACCAGGAAAAGUUCAGCCAGGCAAAGUCUGCCUAGGCAAAGCUCCAACGGUGGUAUCCAAUAUGACAGAAAUGGAAGAAGAAUCAAAGUUACCACUGGAUCUCUUCAGUCUUCGCCCACCAAGGUGAAUCCUCUGCUGGAGCAGAUUCUACAGAAGGUUGGUCACUUGCAAGACGAACGCGAAGUGGUUCAGAAGCUUCAGGAUCUUUUGAGGGAUUAUCAGUCGCAUAGUUCUGGCGAUGGCAUGGCGAAUAUGGAGUUCACCAGGGCGUGGAUCGAUGGUAACGGGAUCGUAGCGUUGCCUCAGGACAAUCAGAUGACGGCCAGUCCUAGAAAGGAUCCCAAGCCUGUCUCGGAGAGGGGAGGUUUCUCCAGGAUACCGGCGCCAGUUUACAAGAGGCCGAUGUCUGUCGCGUCUGACAGCGUGUAAAGCUUCUCUAUGAGCUUCUAACGUUUAGAGGGCGACGAUGAUACUGGUUCAGAGCGUGUCCUCGAGGUCAUCGGGCUCCUCGAUCGCCCAUAGGCUAGACUGUGUGUACGCGGAGCCUUGCCAGUGCUCUCGCAGCUUCCUUGCUCGUGACGCCCUCGAUUUAGCAGAUUCUCUGUUGAUUAUACGUGGACACGUGACGAGACGUAGGUGUCAAAGGUGUUUCAAGGUGAGAAAUGGUGAUUCCAAAGGUGUUUAAGUAAGGGAAAGAGUGAGGUUAGGAUGAUCCUAAUUUUAAAUGCAGUGUUUCCGGAAUUAACGUAACAUUGGUGUCUCUGCUGCAUCGUUCAAUAAACAACAUUGGUCGAAUGUAUAUGCAGAUUUUCUGAAUUAGUAUAGACUACUCAUCCCAAUUGCAUCGAGAAAUGAUCGCUGGUCGAAAUGGGCCUAACUGAUGCUCCGGGGUUAGAAAGGAGUUUAAGAUAGUUCCCUUUGUUCUAAUUCUGGGAACCCUGUAAUUUCAUGAAACGUGUCUCUGUGGUGCUUGGGAGAUUCCUUUUCUCUUGGAACAUUUUGUAAAUAGCAACGCUUCUACUGAAAGUGUUUUAGAAAAAAUUGUUCCCUUUUCUAUUGUGAAUUAUCUUAGAGGAAUAGAAAUCACGUUCUUUUCCCCCUUGAAGAAGAGAGAAUCCCUUUAUACUUAAACACCGCGAAACGAUGCUUGAAGGGUAAAUCAGCCUUUCCUCACCUGUGCACGAUUCACAAAAAUCCCAAACAUCCACGUUUUGAAAUGUAAAAAAAUCCGCGUUUCCACGUGUCGUACGAUAACAAAUCGAAGGUGUCCGAUUAGAGUGGAAGUUUAACGGGCCUUAACGGUACGUGGUCGAUCAGUUAGCUCGUAGGAGUCACGUGUAUAUCGAGGUGGUGCUUGGAUGGUGCUGAACGAGAUGACGUUCGUGAUGCAAGUAAGAUUAUAAGGUGAUCAAAAAUAAAAAUAAAAAAAAUUAAACAAACAAAAAAACAGAUCAAAAAGAAAAAAGAAGAAAAAAAAGCGAUGGGAGAGGAAGAACGACAGAGAAGCUGAAAUGAUGACGAGAAAGGGAACGAAAAAAAGAGAAAGGUAGGUUAGGUAGGUAAGGGCGAGGGAGACUCGUCUCGUCGAUGAACAACAACGAUUUCGAUUGACGAACAACAGACAGAAUUCAAGCAGGCAAUUAGCUGGUGUACGGCUCUUGCGUUAAUGGCUUCCCGAUCGAUUUGCUUCCAGUCAGUUAAUUGCACUCCGGCUGACAGCUCGUCGAUUCAUCCGAGACGAGAGAUUGCACCUUUGCACCGUGGACACACGCGACGCGAUCUCUCUUUUUUGUCGUGAUACGUUCUUUUUUCCGUGUGUCUUGUGAUCGAUACUUCGCAGCCUUCCCUUUUGCUUUAUUGAAUUCUUUUACCGGGAAUUCUUUUCCUUUUUUUUUUUAUUGCGGAGCUAAUGGACAUUCUCCGACCGAGGAAUUAUAGGGGGCUGAAUAUUUAUGUAUUGGAAAAAGAUUUGGGGCAUAUAAUAUGGUAAUAAAAGAAAAUUGCAGAAAGUUUUGUGAAAGAUAAAAUAUAGAAUCAUGAAAGUCGUACAUGAACAUAAAAAUUGCACGAAACUUUGCAGGAAAACGAAUACAGAAUUUUCUUCGAUAUCGACUUCAAAGCUUUUUCUUCAAACCUGACAGAAUCUCACAGAUCGGUCACAAGUUACAUCGAGCUAUAUCACAACAAGGAAAGAAAAGGGAAAAAGAGAAUCACGUCGUUUCGUGAUCAUUUUCAUUAGCUUAGUACGUAUAAGAGGUCGACGAGCGUAAAUCGCGAUCUUUCGACGAUCGCGAUCGCUGAAGAAGAAACGAUCGUCGGGGGAUCGACGAGAUCUCGGGUUUCGCAGUCAGAAUUUCUACGUUCGAUCGUUUACCACGGCCGCCGGGCCGGCGAGAAAUUAUUUAUUUAUAUAGUCUAUCGGUUAUAUUUAUUAAAGACGAUUUAUUUGCGCGUUGCGAGUUCUCUUGAGGAUGGGAGGAUAAUAAACGACGAGAACAAUGCAGAGUCGAGGAGGAAUAGGUUAGAAACGGAGUAGAGGAGAGAGAAACGAAGGUUUCUUAGCAAGAAAAAAAAAAGGAAAUCAAAUUCACCCCAGAAAACAGACUGCAUUAUUGUAGAUAGCGACGUGUCGUCGAACAAAACGCCAUUCCAAUGUUUCAAUGUUUUUUAUACCAAAACGCGAGCGUAGCGGCAUUUUGUAUCAAGUGUCUUGAGGGGAAAAUGGCGUCCGGGCGGGACGUGUUUCAGUUUUCGCGUGUCAGCUUCAUGGAAACUAGACAAAUGGAAAUGUACAGGGAAAUUUUUGCAUAAGAAUUGUACGUAGAGUCCUUGCUGUAGAAUUGAACGUCUGUAAAUUAAUUAUACAUUGCUCAACAGAAUGUAACUCGAGUGAGUGAGUAUUUGGUAUCUCGUGUGGAAGAAUCAAUUAGGUUAUGUAUCAUUUUUAAAGACUCAUAUUUCUGAUUCUGAAACUAGGUCAAGAAAUUUGAUGAAUUUCCUCUUUAAUUCUACAAUUUUGAAUUUUGUAGUUGCAAAACGAAGAUUGAAAAAAUUUUCAUAGAAGACAUCGUACGUAGUGCUAACUCUAACCUUCAAAUUUUCAAUCCUAACUUCGUUUAGGUUUCGUAGUUACAAGAAGAGAUCGAAAAAUUCCAAAAUGAAUACUUUAGGCUUUUUAUACUACGUAUAUUCUAACCUCUAAAUUUGUAAUUCUAAAUUUUCAGUUCUAUAGUUGCAAACGAGAUUUGGAAAAUUUCUAAAUAUAUACAAUAAAGAGAAAAGAAUAUUACAAAAUCUCUGUGUCCACCACCGAUUCAAAAUACUUGGAGAUAUGAUAAUAGCGUUUAAUCAAAAAUUGUUUCGAAGCGAGACGCGCGAGUGAAACGCAGCGAACUUAAGAUGAAAGAGGCUGAAAGUGUGGAGCUAAUAUUUUUUAUAAUAGCCUAGUAGAGAAAUCGUGUCCUUACGGCCUAAGGUCGGCCUCUCCAAGUUUUUCGAUGUUUCGUUUCCUCUCGAAGUUUCUUCGACAAGGACUACGUCCCGCCACGGAAACUCUGGUCCCCGCCGAUUACGAAUUAAGAGGUACACUUCCGGCAGGAAGACAGAGAAGUUUAUUUUGUUGACCAGAUGUUCGAGUAGAGAUUGUAACGCGAAACGCACGUAUGCCCGAUAUAAGGAAAAAGAAAGAAAGGGAAUUAUUUUUUAGUAAUACGCGUCAGGUGCACUUCCGGAAGUUACUGUGUGUCGCCUCUGUGACGUUCGAACGAUGCGUGGAUUAUUUUCAUUUAAUUUUUCUUUAAUUUUACUCAGUUUUUAUUUUAGUUUGCGGGCUGUUUGCUUUUCAAGAGAACGAGGUUUGAGGUUUAGUUCGUACAGGGAGUUUCAUAAAUGUCGAGACAAUUUUUAUGAAUGUAAUAUUUAAAACAGGAAUUUCUUUUAGUUUUUGCUUUUUUUUUUUUUUUUUUGGUACAUUAUGAAACAUUGUAUGAUCUAAGAAUUAUGUUUCCAAUUAGGUAGAAAAUAUUGUUUCGUUUAAAAGAUUUCUUCGAUACUUGAAAAGCAAAAGGUUCCAAGUAUUUUCUUCCUUUUUUCUUUUUUAUUGAUCUUCGGGUAAUUAAGAUCGGCGAUCUAUUUGGAAUUGAGAUCGCUGUUGAAGACGUUUUUUAAACCACGUGGUAGUUUCUUAUGAAAAUUUUCUUUCUUCUUUUAUCUCUUUGUUCUAUAUAAUGCAUGCCAAAGAUAUAUACUUCGUUUUAAAGUAAGCGUUCUCUAUAUCGUGGUUAACGAAAAACGUCUUUAUGGAUGAACAAUAUCAACCGGUUUUAAGAAAAAUAUUUUAACUCUCUUUUAGUUGUAAUUUUACUUUAUAGAAGCGCGAUUUUUUUU